AUGUAUCCAUCGAAAUGGAAGACUUCUGAGACUGAUAUCGAUUAUGUGCCUAUGAAUAGAAUGAUGAUGAAUGCCCUACUUGAUAAUACUGGUCAUCACAAUAAUAAUGAUGAUUAUCGAAGGAUAAGCACAAGAGAAGCAAAACUUGUUCCGCCUGAAAGACCAGCAAUUUUUGAAUCACCUGAAGCGCUAAGAGCAUAUUUACUCAAGUUGAAUGAAUAUUUUGCAAUUAUUGGUCGUCCAAGAUUUGGUCGAAGAAGAUGA